AUGAAACUGUUAGUCCUAUGCUGUUUGGUGGCAACGGCUUUCGCCCGGCCCGGCGGUGCUCCAAGCUUCAACCCCGCAGACGCGCAGAUCUUGCGAUACGACAAUGACGUCAGUCCGGAUGGCUUUAGAUACGCGGUCGAACAAUCCGACGGCUACAGGAACGAGGCCCAAGGUACGCUCGUGAAAGCCGGCGAGGAAUUGGCGUUGGCCGUCAAGGGGGUGUUCUCUUUCAUCAUCGACGGCGUCACCUACACCGUCAACUAUACGGCCGACGAGAACGGAUACCAGCCCACUAUUGAACAAGGGCCUGGAGGCGCUGUUCCUCCGGGAGUCGUGGCUUCUCUGCUUGGCUAA